GGAAUCGAUACCAAAGAGAAUAUCAACGAAUCCAUAAAUAAACAUGAUUUCGCCAUUUUGACUACAUUAGUCUUAUCUCUAAGUUAGAACUGUGUCAAAAAUGAGACUUCUCUGGCUGCUUCUGAGCUGUGUGUGUCUACAAUGCAUAGGAGCGUCAGACUUAGACGCAUGCCCUGCAGGACUGCCCAGAGAUCAGUACUUACAAGUACAUGGCGGCUACUGUUACAGGUUCGUCACAUUCCGCCAUGCGACACACUCCGCUGCCAAGUCUGACUGCGAAAGUAACGGCGGGCACCUGGUUUACGUGCGGGACCAAGAGACGCAGAGUUACAUCUACGACCAGCUGGCCCACACCUACCGGGACUCCUUCGACAAGGUGUGGCUAGGCCUCAACGACAUCACUACGGAAGGUGUAUACCUGUGGGAGGACGGCACAGCCCUGUCGUACUCCAACUGGGACUAUGGUCAGGGCCCCAGCUCCUCCUCCUUCGGCCACGAUACCAAAGACUGUGUGGUGGUGGACAUGUUGUCCGAAGGGAAGUGGCAGGAGAAUGCGUGCGAGACCAGCUCGUUUCUAAUCUUGUUCUCGGGCGCCGAGAGCCACUCGUACAUCUGCCAGUACCCUGCCCGCAUCUUGUCCCAGACGGUGAUCAUUCACCUUGGGGAUAUCACGACCCAGUCUGUCGUGUCCCUGGUUAACCAUUGUCCAGCUUUAACAUGCACUUUGGGUUGCAGUUCAGUUAUCUUCGUCUACGACCCAAACACAGGCUGCCCUGCAUGCGCAUGCGCUAAUUAAAUGCACUAAAGCGGAUGCAUUACAAGUUA